GUAUAUGAGCGCAAUCUUACUGUCGGUGAACUUACUCGCUGUUUGUCCUUCCUGCAGCUCUCAGCAGCUCCCAAAACUAUUUAUUUCACUUUUUACCAGCACGUGACAGCGCAGCCGGACUUCAUAUUGUCAAACUUUUUUUUGCAACUGGUGCUUGUGGAGGAAGAGGUGGAAUGGCUCUUCACAUGUCUGACUUCCAUUGUUGCCACUCACCGACGUGUGACUCACGGCUGGACUGAUGCUGAACGUGGAACAUUUUCCGUACUGGAUCAUUUCACAGCAUCGCCUCCCUCCGCUCGUCGGUUCGAUUGAAGUCAGCCAUCAUUCUGGGACUUAACAAUGUGAGCUCAUGAGUAGAAUUAAACAUCUCCAGCCUGUGUAAAUAGAUCUGCUGGUCUUUGGUUUUAUUUUUCAGCGCCAGUACUCAUAGAUAAUGACAUUACCACAGUGAGCUUGAAUCCAGGAGAAAACUCUAUACUAGGCUCACAUUCUUAGUCAAUGAUGUGGUGAACCUGGUGAUACUGAGACCGUUUGAGUUGUGAUGGCCGCUGCCUGCUCUCCAAUGAAGGACCAGCCUCUCCUCCAGCUCCAGGAGGUGGACUCCAGUCGAGUUGGUGGUCGCAUCCUCCCUCCCGUCCUCAGCUCCUCCCCCCCUAGCCAGCCCAUCUGCAUCCCCUCCCCUUACACAGACCGCGGCCAUGACUUCGCCACCAUACCUUUCUACAGUCCAACUAUCUUCAGUUAUGCCGCUCCUGGUAUUCCUGACUGCCCCUCCGUCCAUCAGUCACUGAAUCCGUCCUUGUUCUGGCCCAGCCACAGCCACGUGGGGCCGCCCAUACCCCUGCACCACCCCCAGGCUCGGCCUCAGCACACACAGCCAAUCCACAGCCAGUGGGUGGAGUUUUCACCACCGGACAGUAUCUUACCCAGUAAGAGCGUGAGGAGGCAUUCUCAGGAGAGCGAGGAGGCUGUGGUGUCGUCUGGAGGGAAGGCAGACCUCCAUUUCUGUGCUGUGUGUCACGACUACGCCUCAGGCUACCACUACGGCGUCUGGUCAUGUGAGGGCUGUAAAGCCUUCUUCAAGAGGAGCAUCCAAGGACACAAUGACUACAUCUGCCCUGCAACGAAUCAAUGCACUAUAGACAAGAACCGCCGUAAGAGCUGCCAGGCGUGUCGCCUUCGAAAAUGCUGUGAAGUUGGCAUGACCAAGUGUGGUAUGCGGAAGGAGCGUGGAAACUACCGGAACCCCCAGGCGAGGAGAGCGACGCGUCUGUCCUCGCAGGGCAGAACCAGCGGACCAAAGGCAUUACCCAUACCAGCGGCGGGGUCGUUGGACCCGCCCAGCCCUCCUGCACUGACCGCAGAGCAGCUGAUUAAGAGAAUAAUGGAGGCGGAGCCGCCAGAGAUCUACCUCCUGAAGGAAAUGAAGAGGCCGCUGACUGAAGCCAGCAUCAUGAUGUCGCUCACCAACCUGGCUGAUAAGGAGCUGGUUCACAUGAUCACCUGGGCCAAGAAGAUUCCAGGGUUUGUCGAGCUCAGCCUCUUGGACCAGGUUCAUCUGCUGGAGUGCUGCUGGCUGGAGGUGCUGAUGAUGGGACUGAUGUGGAGGUCAGUGGACCAUCCAGGGAAACUUAUCUUCUCCCCUGACCUCAGCCUGAGCAGAGAAGAGGGGAGCUGUGUCCAGGGCUUCUCAGAGAUCUUUGAUAUGCUGUUAGCUGCCACGUCCAGGGUGAGAGAGCUCAAGCUGCAGAGAGAGGAGUACGUCUGUCUCAAGGCCAUGAUCCUCCUUAACUCCAACAUGUGCCUCAGCUCGUCAGAGGGCAGUGAGGAGCUGGAGAGUCGCUCCAAGCUGAUGCGUCUCCUGGACGCGGUGACGGACGCUCUGGUGUGGGCCAUCGCCAAAACCGGCCUCACCUUCCGUCAGCAGUACACUCGCCUCGCCCACCUGAUCAUGCUGCUCUCACACAUCCGCCAUGUCAGUAACAAAGGCAUGGACCACCUCCACUGCAUGAAAAUGAAGAACAUGGUGCCUUUGUACGACCUGCUGCUGGAGAUGUUGGACGCCCACAUCAUGCACAGCUCCCGUCUGCCCCGCCGGCCGCAGGAGUCCGGGGACCAGACGGAGGUUCCCGCUCGGCCCAGCAGCUCCGACAGCGGCCCCUCAGAUACCUGGACUCCCAUCAACACUGGAGGUGGAGGUGAACCGUAGUCCCAUGCAAUGACUUUUCACCGCUUUGCAUGAAACUAGUUCUCAAGACUGAUGAGACGUUUUACUGGAACUUUCUGCUGAAUCCUGUGAACUCUCACGGGUGAAACUUACGCUUUGACACACUGCCUUAUCAACACAUCCAAAAGCCAGAAUUGAAACACGCUGUUGGCCAGUAGCACCAGCUAUUACUUAACUGUUCAUGUGAGAUGUUACUGCCAUGAUUCUCUCGGGUUGAGCAGCUAAUUUCAUAUCAGUUCUUUUUCAUGUAGAUACAUCGUCCGUCUCUGGUUUUAAUCUGAAAGGUCUAACAGGAGGUCGCUGUGUAAAUAAAGGCUCAAAGAAAUAAUUGAAAGAGAAAAAAACAGAUGUGCAAUCCCCUCAUGGAGCAUAGGUAUAAAUAUGCUUGAGUUAAAUGAUGUUAUAUAUAUUAAGGGUUGCAACGGGGCAAUUUCCAGACAUUCCCCAAAGGAAGUUCAUCAUUUUUGCCCAAUUUUGAUCUAAAAAAAUCAGUGUGUUCUUGUUGCAAAAUACUAACAAUACUGCUGUUUUAUCUUGGUUUGAAUUAAUCCAAUGUACUGUUCAGUACAGUAGCAGGUGCCCAUUUGUCUUAGAACAUAGACUAAACUUUUCAGUGAGGCCACUGAAAGUAAUUGAGAAUUGAAACCAGCCGUUUUGUCACAGCAGAGCUCCUGUUGACCACUAGAGGGCGAACACUCACACCUUCUCCAGGUUGCUUUAUUGUCCCUGUACAGUCCUGACUGUCACAAACAUUUCACUUGUUUUCUCAGAAGAAGAAUCGUAACCACUAUUGUUUUCUUGAGACAACAUUGCACUCCUGUCAAGUUCUGCUUGAAGAAAAGGAAAUUAUUUUUGUAUAUGUUUAGUGAUUGUUGAUAGCUGAAAGCUAUGAAAUGGGCCUACAAUGAACUUAAACCCCCACAAGUGCUCUUACCUCUGAGUAGAUUUUCUGUAGCCUUAAGUUGUUUUUUUAGCAUAUUAGUGCUGGCGAGAUGAAUUCAAAUUAUUCUUAUUAGAUAUAAAAUACAGGAUUGAAUUUGAACUAGCUAGCUAACUUAAAUGGAAGGAGUUUCUGUCUGCGCUUCAACUUUCUCAACAUCUCAUCGACUUCACACUCGGCGUACAUACUGAUGAGGAUCCAAGGAAGGAGACAUUUAUUAUUAGUGUGUGACAUACACAAUGUGGAGUGUAUCUAGAGGAGGCCCCUAUGAACUGUUAGUCGCUCUCUGUUGCUUGCUACAGUAACUUCAAAAACAGAUGAAGAAAGGGAGGCUGAGAUGUCGCAUUGUAGCAAACUUUUACUCUCAAAAAUAACUCUUGUUUCUAAUUUGGAGUUUUCUUUUCUGAUUAACAGUCCCGGUUCACCCCGUUCUGGAAAAUAAAAUGCUCAGACAUACUUUGUUGCCAUGUCCCAAAGUUUGCACUGCCAGUUUAGCUGCAAAGCUGUCAGAUGUGUGUUUGUUCAGCAUAGGAGGGACAAUUUAGCCUGCCAACAUAUAGUGGAAUUGUUUCAUGCAGUUUCAUGCAUUGUGUCAUCCAGCAAUAGCUACUUGUAUUUUAAACUCUCAUGCAUGUGGCUGCACUGGUCGCCCCCAUGAGUUGUAAUUAUGUUUUAAACACACAAACAUUUUAAUAAUUAACUGUUUAACUAACAGUUGAUUAAUAACAUCCCUGUAGGGGAAAUUACUCGUAUCAUUUCAGGUGUGGUGCUCAGGCACCAGGGAGGCGCGGCGUCCAGUGUGAAGCUGUUUGGAUGAAUGUUUCUUGACAAAGCUGUAAGCAGCAAUAGAGAAGGCCAGGCAUUAACUGGUUCUGAACAGGCACUGUUUGAUGUUUUUUUUUUUUUUUUAAGUUUCCACUAGAGCUUGAUGAGAAGAUUGGUACAGUGUGCUAAGAAAUGGCUUAGCUUAACAUAAAGAAUGGAAGCAGAGGGAAACAGCGAGCCUCACUGUCUCUCGCUAGUUUAAAAAUCAGCCGAGCACUGAUAUAAAAACAAUCUGUGGUCUUAGGGGGAAAUUUUAAACAUUUUUUGGCAGCUGGGUGCAGUAACUUUCCCGACGCUGCAGCACAGAUUGUUUUUAUAUUUAAUUUUAAUUUAAAUUGGCAUAACUUACCUCAUUGCCUGCAGGCUCUCUAAUUUUUAAUUCAUAGUGAUGGGACAGUAUAGUAUAAAUCUUCUCAUUUGACUAUAAGAAAGACACAUAUAAUCAUAUUUUUAAAAAAAUUAAACAUUCCUUUACAUUUGUAGGGAUUUAAAAGGUAAUUUCACCCCUAAAACACCAUCCCUGCUUUGGUGUGUCGACUGUGAAAGAGAAACUUUUGGGGGUAAUUCCUGUUCUGAUUUUGAUUUUUUUUUUACUGACCAAAGCCCAACUGUAUCUGUCUGUCAAAGGUAUAUUUAUAUAUUUUGUUUUUAUGCAAAUUUGAAAGAAAAAGACUUUGAGAAAACAGUUAAGACAAUCAGUGUUUUACUACCAGAAAAUUCAGAGCAUAAAUCCACCAUCUGUUAUAAAUAAGCAUUAUAUUAUUACAUUCUGUACAUUGUCCUGCUAAAUCUACAGUGUUUCAACAGUCACAAUCUACUCAAAACAUCAACAACAAAAAAAUGGAUAUACAACUGUGUGUUUAUAAAAACUGCCAUAAUUUUGUACUGUCGGCUUUAUAAAGAUUACAUUCAAAUUUAACCAGUGUCUUUUGAUGUAAAAAAUAAACUUCAGUCCAACAUAAAAA